CCGUUAUUCCAGCCCACGUCUCGCCUAAGGUCUACCAGGUCGUCACAAUCACGCUCAACGUUCGUUAUCUGCACCGCGGCCGUGCUUUAGUCAACCUGUCGCUAGGCAACGGCUGCCGAUUUUGCUAGCCGGGAGAUCGCCUCACGCUACACGUUCUGUAGGUGGUGACCUACAAUCCGAGACUGAGCGUGAGGCCACGGCAACAAGAUCUGCCCUUCACAUACAACAACCGGGAUUUCGUUUUCACAUCAUAGACAGACAACGUUCUCAUCAGAUCUGCAAGAAGGAUGUGGCAAAUUACUCCUUCAACAAAGACGUCAUGUUCCGGUGCCAAGAAACGGAAAGCGAGCGGUGAAGGAGAUUCGGGCGUGGACAUAAAGAACGACAUUCACCAACCUUCUGAACACACCCAGGUGAUGACGCCGGCAGAGAUCAAACAGGAGGUUUGCUCGACUUCCACCUUCAAUAACCGUGCAGAGACACCCGUGGAGGAGGCACAGUUCCGAGAUGUGUCACGAGUUCCGACUUCUGCAGACGGCAUUGUUCUGUGUGGGCACUGCAGGGAGAUGCGUGCCACCUUGUGCUGUAUGGAAAAGUCGUGUGUUUCCUUUGCUUAUCGUACGUGGCAUAUGACGUCAUUAUUCAUUUGUGACGUGUGUGACAUCACAUUUCAUGACAGCAACCCCGUUAUGGCAGAACACUUGCGGUCGCGGUUACUGAUUCGAAAUUACAACAUUGACACAUCACCACAAUCUGAAGCAACACCAGUGUCGCUACAUGAAAAUGAGAACACUUCCCCCUCUCCAGGUCCGUCGGACGCUACACUAACUGCUCCCCCACACCUGCUGCUAGAUGCAGUCCCUCAGGCAGAUGCACCAAGGCAACAGGCUCAGAAGAGCAGUGUCCCAGCACGUCUCCCUGGGCGGCAGCUGAGCAAUCUCCUCAUGAGAGUGCAUGAACGCUACCAGACAGUUCUACGACACAACGUAAGCCACCACUGCCCCCUAACGGAGACCUUCAGAGAGACCAAGGUCGCGCGACAAACUCUAGUCGAUGCCAUCGCUAUCGCUGAACUGAAGAUCGUAGAUCCUGCCAGGUAUGAUGAGGUAAUUGCAUCAUAUCGCGAUGACGUCGUUGCACCGAGAAUGUUGGACGUAGAGACUGUGUGUAGGCGUAUCCUGAAGGACUACACAGACGCCAUCAACGAGCUAAGGGGAAAGAGUAUCAUUCCUUUCAGGUUUAACAUGUAUGUGCCAAGAGGGAAGCCUGAACAUAAUUCCUGAAAUGAUUCAAAAAUACAUAUAGUUGUGUUAUUUCUACAAAGACAUACAGAUAAAAAGCCGUCAGUUAGAGUCUGGCUUCUCCGGGCAUCCUCACA